AUGCGGCUGUCUGAUGUAGAGGUUAAGCAGCUCAGCGGCGAAUUUUCGCUUUCUAACGUCACGCGGCUCAGCGUGAUAGACCGGGACGUUGAUGACGCCACCAUUUUAGAGCUCUGUACAGCCGUUUUUUAUCUAAACCUCUCCAAUAAUAAGCUUAGAUCAGCCCCUUUUGUGAAGAAGAUGCCAUCCUUGCAGAUCCUUAUUUUGGACGGGAAUCCGAUUACCUCGUUGGGUUUUCUAGGAGAACUGACUGAUGAAGGGGUAUCUGUCUGCACAGCAGAGACCAUUUCCCUUGUCGGCUGCAAAAUAUCUUCUCUGGAAGAGCUUCGGCAUCUAUCUAAGAUGGCUAAUCUGACUAAUGUUGACCUUACUGGGAAUCCUGUUGUCUCCGAGAAGGAGUUCCUGCGUACAAUCUUGAGCACAAACGAGCACAUCUUAACUGUCAACCAUACGAGGGUUCGUACAACUGGAGGACUUCUCGUGGAUGUGGAGGGCUUUAUUAACAACGAAAAGAGUUGCGUCAACAUGGCAAAUAUCGCCGUGGAGCCCGUCCCCUGGCUUCCGGACAGUGCCUUUGAUCCCAUGGAAAUUCCAAACUUCUCUUCGUUCUGCGGGUCUCUGGAAGACAAGCUGCGGGCGAAGAUUGCAGAAUAUAAUGCAAAGAGGAAAGAGAUGCUCGAGGAACAGAUGGGGGCUAAAGAUUCGCCCACCUGA